AUGAUACGUCGUCUUCCGGAAGAUGUUGUCAAUCGUAUCGCGGCCGGGGAAGUGAUUAUACGAGCAGCAAAUGCCGUUAAGGAGUUGAUCGAAAACGCAUUAGAUGCGGGCGCUACGGAAAUCGUCAUUACAGCUAAAAAUGGUGGUCUCGAUUUACUGAAAGUACAGGAUAACGGUAAAGGAAUUGCCAAAGAUGAUUUACCAAUUAUCUGUGAACGUUUUACAACAUCGAAGUUGGAAAGAUAUGAAGAUUUGGAAUGUAUGAGCACAUUUGGAUUUAGGGGUGAAGCACUGGCGUCCAUAAGUCAUGUAGCUAAAAUGACGAUCAUCUCGAAAAUUCGGGAUUCACCUUGUGCUUAUGUUGGUCGUUAUGCAGAUAGUCGGCUGCAGGGCGACAUAAAACCAUCAGCUGGACUUGACGGUACCACAGUAAUUGCCGAAGAUUUAUUUUACAAUUGUCCAUCACGUCGUCGUGCACUAAAAUAUCCUGCUGACGAAAUGAAUCGUAUUGCUGAUAUUAUUAUACGAUAUGCUAUUCAUAACGCAUCUGUAUCAUUUACAUUACGACGCUGUGGUAGUGGAAGUGAUUUUCGAACAGCUGGUACUAAUGAUCUUUGUGGGACAAUAUCUUCAUUACUUGGAGGAAAGUUUUCCAAAGAUCUCGUCUUAUUAAGUCAUAGUGAUUCAGCGUUGCAUUUCACUUUAAAAGGUUGUUUGGUACAACCAAUCGCUUCAUGUACUGCUGAGAGUCUUCAAGACCGGCAGAAUCGUCAAAAAAUUUUUUAUUUAUUCAUUAAUGGUCGUAGUGUCGAAUGUCAGGCGCUUAAGCAAGCACUAGACGUUGUUUUUGCUGCUCAAAAUACUAUUUCACCGUUUGUAAUGAUUUCUUUGCAGAUUGAGCCGAAACGUGUCGAUGUUAAUGUGCAUCCGACUAAAUCUAUUGUUUAUUUUCUGGAACAAGAUAAUAUCAUCAGCUCCAUUCAAGAUUACGUGGAAAAUUUGAUUACGAGUUUGGCUGGCAGUUGUGAUGUAUAUACGAAAUUUCCAUUGAUGGUCAAUAGUACUGAUAGCAGUUCGUCAAAAUCAGUUGAUACGAUGGUUACAAGUACAAACAAAAAGAAACUAACGAUGCUUGUGUCAGAGUCGCUUGGUGGACCGCCACCCUCUUCUUCCAAAUCGCCAAAAGUUUAUCCUCACCAGCUGGUACGAACUGAUGCGAAGGAGAGACGGUUAGAAGAAUUUGUUGCAAGCCACUCUGAAAUUGUAUCAUCCUCAUAUACAACAAAUGAUAUUACUUCGAGCAUAAAAUCACCGGAUGAUAAUGAGUGGCGCAAAUUUGAAUUUGAAUCACUGAAAAAUAUGAAGAAAGCGCUUUGUACAGCAGCUUCUGUCAGUUUACGUUCAUUGUUUAAAGAACACAUAUAUGUUGGAGCCGUGACUGUCGAUCAAGUUCUUAUACAACAUUCAACAUCAAUUUACUUGGUAGAUGCUCAAGAUUGUUUGCGGAAUUUCUUUUAUCAGGUUCUCGUUCUUUCGUUCGGUAAUUUUGGAUCAUAUAAACUAAGCGAAUGCGCAUCGUUAGCUGAAUUAUUACGCAUUGCUGAUAGUAACUUGUCUUCUACGGAAGCUCAACAGAAAACAGCUAUUAUAAUUGAAAAUCGCGAAAUGUUGGAUGAUUACUUCUGUUUGUCUAUUACGGAGAAUGGCAAUCUUGAUUCGAUCCCAUCUUUAGUUGAUGGAUUUAUUCCACAACUGGAAUCUCUUCCUCAAUUGAUAUUAACUUUGGCAAACGACAUUAAAUGGGAUGAAGAGCAAACUUGUUUCGAGCAGGUUUGCUGGGCACUAUCGGAGUUCUUUUGUCUUAAAAAGAAAUUCUGCAGUGGCGAAGCGAUUUCGAGUUUAUGUAAUGAAAAGCUUUCUUGGAGGAAUGCCUAUCAAGAUAUCCUAUUUCCUGCGUUGAAAGUCAAUUUUCUACCGCCACAAAAAUUAAUAUCCUCAUUACGUCGAAUUGCUGAUUUGCAUGAUUUGUACAAAGUGUUUGAAAGAUGCUAA